AUGAAGUUCUCUCAAGCAGCCGUCCUUCUCCUGGCCGGCUUUGCCGUAGCCGCACCCACUACUUCCGAUGCCCUCCGCGGCCAUCAGCGUCAGCGAAGAGCCAACGGUGGCCAGGGCAGCGACCUCAUCGCCCAGCUCCAGAGCACCUUUGACAGGAACAACCCGACCGGCACCCCCGCCGCCGCCGGAGACCCUGCGGACCUCAACGGAGAUGGCGUGAUCAACGCUUUCGAGGCCGGUGCCCAGGCCAGCAAGCUUAAGCUCAGACGUGGAAAGGGCAAGAAGCAGCAGGCCGCUGGCAACAACAACGAUGCCGCCGAUGGCAACGAUGCUGCGGACGCCGCUGGUGGCAACGCCGGCAACAACGCUGAUGCUGCUACUGGCAAUGCAGGCAACGCUGCCGAUGCUGCUACCGGCAACGCAGCGGCCGGCAACGGUACUGCGAACGCUGGCGGUGCCGCUGCUGGAGGCAAGAAGCAGAAGAAGGCCAAGGGUGCGAAGGCAGCAAAGGCAAAGGGCGCGAAGGCCGCCGGCAAGAACGCGGCCGCGGGUGGCGGAGCUGCUGGCGGAGCUGCUGCCGGCGCCGGCAACGCAGCCGCAGGCAACGGUACCGCGAACGCCGGUGGCAACGCCGGAAACGCCAACAACAACAACCAGGCCGGCAACCAGCAGGAGGGCAACAACGAGCAGCAGGGUGACAACCAGGAUGCCGGCGACGCAGCUGACGGUGCCGCUGGCAACGCUGGCAACGCCGAUGCCGGUAACGCUGCUGGUGGCGCCGCUGACAACGCUGGCGGUGCCGCUGCUGGAGGCAAGAAGAACAAGAAGGCCGGCAAGAACAACAACAACAACAACGCUGGUAACGCCGCGGAUGCUGGAAACGCUGCUGACGGUGCCGCUGGUGGUAACGCCGCCGAUGCUGCUGCUGGAGGCAACGCCAACAACAACAACCAGCAGCAGGGCCAGAACGGUGCUCAGGACAACGCUGCUGACGGUGCUGCUGGUGGCAACGCUGCUGAUGGCGCCGCUGGAAAUGCCGGAAACGCCGCCGGUGGCAAGAAGAACAAGAACGCCGGAAACGCCGCGGGCAACCAGAACAACGUCGACAACGCAGCCGGCAACGCUGCUGAUGGUGCCGCCGGAGGUAACGCCAACAACGAGCAGCAGGGCCAGAACGGCGCUCAGGAUGGUGCUCAGGACGCUGCUGACGGCGCUGCUGGUGGCAACGCCGCCGAUGGUGCUGCUGGCAACAACAACAACCAGCAGGGUCAGAACGGUGCCCAGGAUGGUGCUCAGGGUGGUGCCGGCAACGCAGGUAACGCCGCCGGCGGAAAGAAGAACAAGAACGCCGGAGCCGCUGCGGGCAACAACAACAACAACAACAACAACGCCAACAACGGUGCCGCAGACAACGCCGCCGGUGGUGCCGCUGACGGAGAGAACGCCGCGGACGACGCUGCCGGCGGUGCUGCCGGCGGCAACGCGGGCGCCAACAACGAGCAGCAGGGCAACAACGAGCAACAAGGCGAGAACCAGGACGGCGCCGCUGGCAAUGCCGGCAACGCCAACGCCGGAGCCAACGGCAAGGCGGCGAACAAGGCCGCGAAGAACGCUAACGCGCGCCGUUUUCUCCACAGGGUCUUUUAG